AUGAGAGAAUACAUGGAGUAUUUAACAAAUUCAGGUCUUGGUGGUAACAAGCAUUGCAGCCUGGAUGCCUCCACAGGCGAAAAAGCCGCUUUGGGCGGCGGUUUGGAAGCUCUGCGUGGUUUCUUCGUCAGUGUCCGUGCGGCCACUGCUCAGGUGCUAUUGAAUGUCCAAGUCAAGUAUCUGGCCCGCUACCAAGAGGGUCCUCUGCCGAUGGUGAUUGGAGAUUACCAGCGCGCAAAUCCGCGCAGCCUUUACCCGCUAAAGUCUUUUUUUGAGGCACAUGCGUGUCCGUAA